AUGAUUGUGGCCAAAAGCGACAGUAACGGCAGAGAGUAAAAACUAUUUCGAGAUAUUCACAUUUGACGUAAAACAACGCUGCGGAGUGUUAAUAGAGAAAAAAAGGCUAAAAAGUGAAGAUAACCAAAAAAAGAAAAAAAAAAAUACAUACUGAUAAAAGCAAGCAAAAUUUAAUAAAAAAUAUUCAAGACCCUAUUUGAAAACACAAAGAAUUUUGUUUCAAAGGGUCUUUUGAAAAAUGUAAAAAGUGGAAAUUAAUAAUAUUUACCAUAGAUUUUCCUGUUGACAUAUUUCCACAUCAGUCGAGAAAUUGAAAGAACCGAAAUUUGAAAAAGACUAUUAAGAAAAUUUGGAUUCGAAUAAUAAUAAAAAAAAAAAUAAUAAAGCUACAAAAUGGGAGACGAAUAUACCAAUAAUCCUGAUAUAAGCGCAAUGACAACAAUACUUCCCGCUAUUUUGGGCCUGGUAUCGGCCGGUGCCCUUUGGGCAGUGGCCUGCAUAUGUGCCCGGCAGAUGAGAGCUCGCAAUCGCAAACAGAAUCAGCAUGAUGCCACAUUUCCCUUCCAGCCGACUCGACGUCCGACAGCUGUUCGUUCGCCAAGUGGUCAACCACCUCAUUAUCUAAAGAAAUCACCAUCACCCACGGGCACUAAGCAAUUGGGUAUCUUGCAGCCCAUGCCGGACCAGAAUGCCUCCUCGCCCAUAUCACCACAGGCUGUGAAAUACAUGGAGGAGGAUGAGAUCAAACCCAAACAGGCAAAAUACAAUGGCAGCGAAAAGUUAUCACCCAUGGAGGCAAAGAGUCCCGCUGGCAGUGGUGGGGCUAAUGGCAAUGCCGGCGCCAAUGCUAGUGGUGGCAGGGUCAACCAAGUUGCCACCAUGCAAGAGUCCUUGAUUAGCAAUGCCAGCGGUGAUAUGCACAUGGAACAAUAUGGAAAACUUGGUUCGAUUUUCUUCAAAUUGCGUUAUUUGGCCGAACGUAAUGCCCUUAUGGUAUCGAUUAUACGUUGUCGUGGUCUGCCCUCCAAGAGCAGUGGCAACAAUGCGGCCAAUGCCUCGACCAGCAGCAAUGCCAAUGAUAUUCCGGCCGGUAUGAAUGGUCGCACCCAGGCCGCCACCGAUCCCUAUGUGAAAUUGCAAUUGCUUCCCGACAAACAGCACAAGGUCAAGACCCGUGUGGUACGCAACACUCGCAAUCCUGUCUACGAUGAAGAUUUCACUUUCUAUGGCUUGAACAUCAACGAUUUGCAAAAUAUGUCCCUGCACUUUGUCAUCUUGAGUUUUGAUCGUUAUUCACGUGAUGAUGUCAUUGGCGAAGUAGUCUGCCCUCUGUCCACCAUUGAGAUUGGCGAUAUCUCAAAGGAGGCAUUGUCCAUUAGCAAGGAAAUCCAACCACGCAGCUUGAAAAUACGCGCUCAAGGACGCGGCGAACUUUUGAUUUCACUAUGCUGGCAGCCAGCAGCUGGUCGCUUGACAGUUGUGCUUUUGAAGGCCCGUAAUUUGCCACGCAUGGAUGUGACCGGUCUGGCUGAUCCCUAUGUCAAGAUUUAUUUGUUGUACAAUGGCCAACGUAUUGCUAAGAAGAAGACUCAUGUCAAGAAACGCACACUGAGUCCUGUAUUCAAUGAGAGCUUUGCUUUCGAUAUUCCAGCCGCAGAGGGCACUGGUGCCACAUUGGAAGGAGUGUCACUUGAAUUGAUGCUGCUGGACUGGGAUCGUGUUACCAAGAAUGAGGUAAUUGGACGACUUGAACUUGGCGGACCCAACUCAAAUGGUACAGCUUUAAAUCAUUGGAAUGAGGUGUGCAAUUCACCACGAAGACAAAUUGCCGAAUGGCAUAAAUUAAACGAGUAAGUUGCCCCCUCCCGACCCCACCACAAAGGAGGGUAACAACAACAACAAAAAAAAAACCCAAAACGAUAAAAGAAUUUCCAAAUACUGAAAGACACAAAGAUACAGUAUGAAAAUACUAGAGAAAAUAUACUUAUACAUAAUAAGUCAUAUAUAAUGAUGAUGAUGAUGAUGAUAUAUACAACAUAUAUAUAAUUAUAAGUAAAUGAAAAAAAGCAACAAAAAAAAAAGGAUCUUAUAACCCAAUAUAAAGAAUUUCAAAAGCGAACUCACACAUACAAAUUCACAAAAACAAGAAGAAAUUUUUACACUGAAAACCAAACUCAACACCCCACACCGAUGCUGACAGGAUAUCGUGCAUAGUAUAUGUAAAGAAUCCUGUAUAUUAUUCAAACAUACAAGACCACAACACAACCGAUGAAGAAGAAAAAAAGAAAACUCUAUGUAAAAAAUUAAGAGAAGAAAUGAAAAUUCUUAUAUAUAAAAGAGUAUAUAUAUAUUAAUUAAAUAAUAUUAAUAAACCAAAAACGAAAUAUAUAUACAUACUUAUUUAUAUAUAUAUAUAUAUAUAUAAAUAUACCAUGAUAUUAUGAGACACAAAACAAAUGAAACAUUUACAUAAACUCAAACUCAACCCAAAAAAAAAAAAAAAAAUGCUAUAAGAAAUUGUAUUCCAAAAUUUCAGUUAUUUCGAUAUUAUCUUGAGAAUAAGUUUCCCUAAAAUCUUAAAUAAUAUGAGUAGUAGUCUGUUGCAAAGGAGCAAAAAGGAUAUAUAUUAAUGAAAACAUACACACACACACACAUACACACAAAGAAAACACCCCCACGAAAAAGAAGAUGUACAACCUUAUCACAGCGGCUGAUAUCACAUCAAACAUUUUGAAAUGGAAAGAAACUCAGUAAGAAAAAAAUGUUAAGGAUGUGUUAUAGCCUCAAGAUAUUGAAGAUAUUUUUGUAGAAUGUUUUGUUUUUUCUAAUUAUUAUUUGUUUACUUAGAUGAUGAUAAUGAUUAUUAGCUAUAAGAGCAUAACAAAUGAGUAUUAAUUAUGACAUAUUUUUGUUUUAAUGUUUUAACAUAAGAAUCGUUUCAACAUUGUAACAUUUGAAAAAGCAAAAGAAAAAAACAACAACACUCACACAAAAAACCAAACUGACAAACCAAUAUUUGUAUUAUAUAAAAAGGAAGGCUAAACAAUAUAAAACCAAAAUCAAACUGCUUAA